UUUCGGGUAGAUUUUGCGCUGGAUUCGUUCUUCUGUCUUCCAGCAAUCGAUCCAUUCCAGGAAUCUGAGCGAUCUUAGCUCGGAUCAACGCGAUCCAUCCGUCGUGCCGCGCUCGAUGAUCGGCGACUGUUCCAGGUAGUGAUUAGGGUUCUUGCCGCCUAGCUGCUAGAUCCGGGAUAGUUCUGGGAUGGCCAGGUCGAAACGAUUCCCCGCGCAUUCUCCCAGGUUUGUGAUCGGCAUUCUCGUGGCCUUUUUCGUGGUGGCCGUGUGGAUUUUCCGGGGAAGAUCUGGUCUGGUCGAGCAGGAUGUGGUAGGAUCUGGAGCUGCAUUGCGGCAGAGCGAUGCCAGAGAAGAGAUUGGAGACGAGAAUGACAAGAUUGGAGGAAUGGAUGAGAAAGUGGAGAGGAAGGAGCAGGAAAAUCAGCUGGCACAAAACGAUGAAGAUGAAAAUGAGGAUGGCGAAAAAUCUUCCAGUGGUGUGGCAAAGGAAGAGGAAAGAUCUUCCAAGGAAAGUGAAGAUAACAAGGCACUGGAUGAUGGAAAGGAGAUCGAUGGCGACUCUCAGAGUUUGCAAGAGGAGAAAACUUCCUCCAGCCCGGGUGAUAGUGAUAGUGUAUGGAAACUUUGCGCUGGAAACGCUGCGCAAGACUACAUUCCCUGCCUAGACAACGAAGAGGCUAUCAAGAUGCUACCAAGUAGACACCAUUACGAGCACCGGGAGAGGCACUGCCCUGUGCAUGAAGAUCUCGUCAGUUGUCUCGUACCGCUUCCAAAGAACUACAAACGGCCGCUGCCUUGGCCUCAAAGCCGGGAAGAGAUAUGGUUCGACAACGUCCCCCAUCCGGGACUCGUCACGUACAAGAAAGACCAGAGCUGGGUCAAGAAAACUGGAAACCGGCUCACAUUUCCUGGGACUGGCACUCAGUUUAUUCUUGGAGCCGAUCACUACAUCGACUACAUUCAGAAUACGUUGCCGGAUAUUGAGUGGGGAAAGCACACGCGUGUGGUUCUAGAUGUUGGCUGCGGCGUUGCGAGUUUUGGUGGCUACUUGUUUCGCAAGGACGUGUUGACGGUGUCUUUUGCACCGAAAGACGAGCACGAAGCACAGGUUCAGCUAGCUCUGGAACGAGGAAUUCCUGCCAUCUCGGCUGUGAUGGGAACGCAGCGGCUGGUUUUUCCAGCCAAUGUCUUUGACAUGGUUCAUUGUGCUCGGUGUAGAGUGCCAUGGCAUGAAGAUGGAGGAAAGCUGCUUCUCGAAGUAAAUCGGGUGCUCAGGCCUGGCGGUUACUUUGUGUGGUCUGCCCCUCCGGUUUACCGUACACAGCCGGAUCAAGUUCAGAUCUGGAAGAAUACAUCGUCCCUAGCGGCAUCAAUGUGCUGGAACAAUCUAGCAAAAACUACAGACGCUGCCAGUGCUGUUGGCGUUGCAAUAUUUCAAAAGCCCACCAACAACUUGUGCUACGAGAGAAGAAGAGCGAAACUUCCCCCACUUUGUGAGGAAGAAGAUAAGCGUGAUGCCGCAUGGUACAUUCCUAUGAAAAGCUGCAUUCACAAGGUGCCUGUCACGGAACAGGAGCAUGGAACGAGCUGGCCUGAGGAUUGGCCACAGCGUUUGCUCACGCCUCCAACUUGGCUCACUCGUGUCUCCAAAGGCCUUUAUGGCAAGGCUGGUGACGAGGAGUUUAAGUCCGACACUCAGCAUUGGAAGAACGUGAUGCAAAAUUCGUACCUCAAGAUGAAUUUCGACUGGAAGAACAUACGCAACGUUCUGGAUAUGAAAGCCGCAUAUGGAGGUUUUGCUGCAGCCUUGGCGUCGCAGCCAGUUUGGGUGAUGAACGUCGUGCCUAUAUACGAACCGGACACUCUGCCUGCGAUUUUCGAUCGGGGCUUGUUUGGAAUCUACCACGACUGGUGUGAAUCCUUCAGCACAUAUCCACGAACGUACGAUUUGAUCCAUGCUGAUCACUUGCUAACGCGACUUACGAAAAGGUGCAAUACCACAAAUACGCUUGUGGAGAUGGACAGGAUUUUAAGACCAGAAAGCUACGUCAUAUUUCGCGACAAGGUGGAAAACCUGGAGAAGCUCAAGCCAGUGAUGGAAUCCUUACAUUGGAAAGUUCACACCACGCAUACCAAAGGCCUGGAGGAGCUACUAGUUCUUCAAAAGCAAUGGUGGCGGCCUCAAGCACAAGCGUGAGUGAUGAUUUUAUUUUCUAGUGUGAUUUUUUCACUCGAUCUGUGUACCCUUUGGAAAGAAAAAUGAAGAGCAUUUCAUCA